CAUGCGCGUUCCAGCAGCAUCCACCAAUCUAUUAUGCUCAGGACCGCGGACCAUGGUGUACCAGCCCGACUGGCUAAACCAAAUCAAACCGACAGAGAUCGAUCGUUGUUUUCCUCCUUCGACUAACCUCUUUGACCAUUGCAGCAUUGCACAUCUGCGGAGAGCUCCAACCAGCUUCAUUGGCAUCCAGCUUCAUGCCACCACGCAGGUCUCUCUUCAACGCUGUGGACGGUCAAACGCACUCGCUCUUUUCCUUUUUGUCCCCGCAAUUCCAACCUACCGAACCACAAUCAUUCUCUGAAAGAUCUACUCAUUACCAUUUCCAACUGCCAAGUAGGGCAGCUUACCAGCUACGAUCAGCUAACAGCUCCCUCGCGGUUCACUCAUUGACCAUUUCCUAUAUUUUUUUUUUUAUUUUUCAAUAUGAUUUUCCAAAUUUUAUCUCAUCACCACCAACCCCACCAACUAACUCAUCAACCAUCGACUUCCUGUGCGAUCUGAUCUAUCUACUUCUUCUUUUGCCACGACCACGAAACCGCGUGUAUUCAUAGGAAAAUGCACGACGACGAUUGGAACGGAGAGACGCGCUAUUGACUGAAAUGAUUGUUUUGUGUUGCGAUAGAUGAAACGACCCA